AUAAAACAAAAAUGGAAUAUGUACCUAUCAAUGUUUAUCUGGCAAGUGGCAACAUUAUCGCCUCAAGUUGGCAUUAAAUUUUCAAUUCCCACCCAAUUCAAUCCGAAGUCUCGACCACCCCGAAGAAUGGCUUAUCGAAGCAGCAUAUGCAGGAAGAGAAGACUUCUUAAGAUCUUUGGUUCCCAGUUGAAAUCUUGGGAAAUUGAGCAGACCCACAUGAGAUUUUUGGAUUCUUUCAAGAGAACUCCAACUUUAAGAUUGAAAGCCUUACGGGAGUCUCCAGGCCUAACCCAGGAGAUCAUAGAUAACCCACAGAAGAGCAUUGGACCAAUUGAGAAGGGUUUUGAUGCUUUCGAGGAGAUGAGACAUCGAUUUCUUAGUUUCAAGAAGGAUAAAUACUUGGAAAACUUGGAACAUUAUCAAACUCUUGCCAGGGGACAAGCACCUAAGUUCAUGGUGAUUGCUUGUGCCGACUCACGGGUUUGUCCCUCGAGCAUCCUGGGAUUUCAACCAGGAGAAGCUUUUGUGGUCCGGAAUGUGGCAAACCUGGUGCCCCCACAUGAGAAUGGACCUACAGAAACAAAUGCCGCCCUUGAAUUUGCUGUGAAUUCUCUUGAAGUGGAAAAUAUAUUAGUUGUUGGCCACAGUUGCUGUGGAGGGAUCCAUGCCUUAAUGAGUAUGCAAGAUGAAAUGAGUUCAAGUAGUAGCUUCAUUAAAAGUUGGGUAGUAGUAGGAAAGGCUGCAAGGUUGAGAACAAUAGCUGCUGUUUCGGACCUUAAUCUUGAUCAACAGUGCAGGCACUGCGAGAAGGAAUCAAUCAACAGGUCAUUGUUGAACUUACUCACUUAUCCGUGGAUAGAAGACCGGGUUGAAAAGGGGAUGCUUUCACUUCAUGGUGGCUACUAUGACUUUGCUGAUUGUACAUUUGAAAAAUGGACACUUGAUUGCAAAGGAUGCAGACCAAAGGUUGCUGGUGAAUACUCUAUUAAAAAUCGAGAAUUUUGGUCCUGAGUGAGUUUGUUUCAAAGUUUAAGUCCUGUGUUGUUGCAUGAUCUUUUGAAGUUUAAUUUUGAUUAUAAGUUGUGUGUCAAAUAAGAAGUUUUUUUUAUUAUAAUUCUUAGUUUACUUGUAUAAUUCAUAAUCAAAGAAUUCAAAGGCCUUUGCAACCUGCAGACUCGUUUUUUUCCCUCUUUCCUGUACUAUAUUUAUAGAAAACGUGAUUUUAGAAAAUGGGGUUAAUUUCA